UGUUUGGUUUGAAUCCUCGCUAAGUAGGUUUGAGUCUGGGCCGAGCGAUCUGUCAAUCUCGUUAAUUCCAAAAUCUUCGCUACGCGCCGCCACCGUUUGUAUAGAAAAAACGUGGUCGUAGUACGACUCAAUGAUAAGUCAGACGGAUCUUUAUUCUCAAGUGAUACUGUUUUAAAACGAAUCGAACGACUGUUUUCAAAUACGAUCCAACGGUGGCUCGAACAAACCUUUUGUUUUUGUUUCGCAGAAAUACAAUUGGAGAGUGGAUGGUCAAAGGAUCUUUAAUUCGCAAGUAGUAUAGCUCAGCGACGAGGCAAACAGACGUUUCAACUUUCUGUAGCACGACCGAACAGCGGUUCGGAUAAACUUGUCUCUACUUUCCAACGAAAAAUAAAAGUCCUUCCGGCCUGACAAUGAAUUACUUAUACAAUAAAUAAAUAAAUAAAUAAAUAACGUCGAUAGCGAUGUUCAUCCUGAUUUUGUAACUCUUGUGCGCUCUUCUGGAUCGAGUGUGACCUAACCUUAUUUUUAUAUGCUGCUUGGCGAACUUAAAUCGCUUCAAAAUGAUGCAACAAUACAUGAAGGAGUUGGAACAGGAUCCGUUUGAUCCCGAAGAAUUCGUCGAGCGACUGGCCUGGAGAACCGUCAACGAUAACACGAAAGACGGAGGAAAGACCUUCUUCGACCCGGUCAUCGUUCACGAAACAUUCCUGCAGGCAAUCAAGGAUUUGCAAAUAUUACAGGAACGUCAGCAAAAGAAGUGUGACAAGCUAGAAGCUGCGCUGAAGGAAGAGGAGGUUCGACACGCGUUUGAGAUAUUGGAACUGCAGGAGAGAAAUAGACAUUCCAUCGAUCUGUUUCAUCAAUUGGACGAGAGGAUCAAUUUCGUGGCUACCAAAGUUUUGCACUUGGGUGACCAGUUAGAGAGCGUCAAUACACCGAGAGCAAGAGCAGUGGAGGCUCAAAAACUGAUGAGACACUUCUCGGAAUUCCUGAGUCCUGGUCCGUUGACGGAUCCGAUCUUCACGGACAAAUCCUCGUUAAACGACGCGGCGGACGUGAUACAAAAGCUCCACCUUAUAGUGCAGGAACUGCCCUCUGAGAAAUUCGAGCACGCCAAGAAGAAGAUCAGCGUCAAGUACGACGAGAUUGAGCGGAACUUGAUCGAGGAGUUCGUAAGGGCGCACAACCGGGAGGACGCGGCGCGCAUGAGGGAAUUGGCGGGUACGUUGGCCCACUUCAAGGGUUACUCGCAGUGCAUCGACGCGUUCAUCGAGCAGAGCCAGAUGGGCUCUUUCGGCGGGAAGGACGUCUUUCAGGACGUAAUACCGAUGUGCACCAAGUACCACAAGCUCAUGCAGCAGGUCUUCACCAAUCCCGAGCAAGUGAUGGCCAAGUUCGUGCUGAACAUUUAUCACUUGCGUCUGCAGAAGUACGCGGUGGCCAAGCUGGCCGACAAAACCGACUCCGACAAAUACCUCAGGAACUUGUACGACCUGUACACGCGAACGGUCAAGCUGUCCAACGAUCUGAAGAUCUUCAACAUGGGCACCGACGACACCUACCUCGGCAAACUCACCAGGAACAUCUUUCAGAAGUACCUGGACACUUACAUCACUAUCGAGACGAAGGCGUACCGGGAGAAGUCGGCGGCGCUGCUCAUCGAGUACUACGAGUCCAAGAAUCAUCAGAAGAAACAGUUGCAGACGGGCGGCUUUCAAGAGCUGCGCAGGGACCUGCAGGCCGUGCUGGGCGCGAGAACGAACAUCAACAUCGCUCAAAUCGAGGACUACGGCGGCGAGACGUUCCUCUCGGAGGAGCUGGCGAUCGCGAUACUACAGAGGAGCAAACUCGCUUUCCAGAGGUGCCAGUUGCUCUCGCAACCGGUUGACAUGCCCGUGAACGCGCUCCAGAUCCUGGAGAUAUUGCUGCAAUACUUGAUAAGCGAGCACGUGGACUACGCGUUGGAAUUGGGCCUGCAGAGCGUGCCGAUCCCGGAAAGCAGGACUCAGCCGGAGAUACACUUCUUCAACGUGGUGCACCAGUGCAACGGGAUCGUUCGGCUCUUGGAGGAGCAGUUCAACGACAGCGUGUUGCCUCUCGUUCUAUCGACGCCCAAACACGCUGACUGUUUGUUAAAGAAAAAAGCGAUACUGGAGCAGAUCGACAUGAAGCUGGACACCGGCUUGGACAGAAGUAUAAACGCCAUCGUGGGCUGGGUGAAGAUGUACCUGCAGAGCGAGCAACGGAAGACCGACUUCAAGCCGGAGACCGAUGUGGACACCGUGAACACGCCGGCCUGCCUGAUGGUCGUUCAGUACGUGAGCGGCAUGAUACGGCUAAUACGGAACACCCUGGACGGCAGGCACUUGGACACCGCCCUGAAGGAGCUGGGCAUCCGAUUCCACAAAGUGAUCUACGAUCACCUGCAGCAAUUUCAGUUCAACUCGGCCGGCGCAAUGUGCGCGAUAUGCGACAUGAAUGAGUACCGCAAGUGCAUCAAGGAACUCGAGGUCGAGUUCGUGACGAAUCUCUUCGACACUCUACACGCGCUGUGCAAUUUGCUGCUGGUCAAGCCGGAGAACCUGAAGCAAGUCUGCACGGGAGAUCAGCUGAUGACACUCGAUCGUACCGUUCUACUGAAUUUUAUUCAAUUGAGGACUGAUUACAAGACACAGAAAUUAGCCAAUUGCUUAAAGGGUCUAGCAACAUGAUGACGCAUGCAGCUCAUAUAAACAAAGGAGACUCAGCCUAAAGCCCUUUUGUGAGUCAAUGAUUGAGAUCUCGCUACCGAAUGAGGAAUCGUUGGAAACAAAGCAGUCGCUGGGUGACGGUGUUUUGUUUGUAGAAACGCGGCGGAUUUCUCUGUCGCCGGGAGAAAAAUCCUCGUGCGCAUCGUAAGAUAUGCAUGCGGAGUGCUCUUCGCAGAAAGAAGACUCUGCUCUCUGUCUGCAAAAACGCGUUUGUUUCGCUCGUUAUAUAUAUAUAAUAUAUAUAUACAUAUAUAUAUAUAUAUAUAUAUGUGUCUCGACAAAAGUUGCAAUAAUGUUGAUGAUGAGAAACGUACGGCAAUGAAUAAAGACUGGCGCGAGAAAAAACAUCGAUAUCGGAGUGACAUUCCCGCAGCUUUCCUUGCGUAACCACUCGACAGCGUUCUGUCGUGUACAAGCGGAAUUAAACUAAUGUAAAAACAAACAAACAAACAAUCCCCUCGAGACUUGGAGAAUUUUGGCGCACAAUUACAUUUUAUUGAUUACCAGAGGUAUUAGUUACAAGUAGUUACAUUAUGGUAAGUAAUAAUGCCUUUUUAAGCAUUAUGACGAGAUUUCGCUAGACAUGAGUGUUCGAGAUGUUUCUCUCUCUUUUCCACUUCCACGGGCAAUCGUAAUCGAGAAUAGUCAGUGUUGUGCGCGAAAAUUCAUUUCGUUUUCUUAUUACAAUAUUUCGUCUAUCGUUGAAUUUCGAAAUUUAGAGUUAUAAAUACGAUUGAUUACUCCAGAUUUGCACAGAUUUUAUAGAAGAAUCUCUAUAAAAAAGUCGUCAUUACAUUAAACGCCUAAUUAGGAAGCAUCUCGUAGUUUCUAAAAUUAAAGGUUUCGCGUCGCUCUUCGAUAUCUCGGUAUCGUUAAUUGCGCGCGUCGUACUGCUGUAACGUGGCACGCGAUCAUUUUCUUUUUUUUUUAUCAUUCCGUAAUAAGUAAGGGACUCUCGAGACUCCUGGUUUGAUUAAAUGAUCUCAUGAGCUAUGAAAAAAUGGGAGGAGGAAGAGGACACGGUGUUGAUUCCACUGAAU